AUUGAUCCAAUGUUCAUGCACUUAAUCACUCUUCUAGAUUGGAUAAUUGGUUCAAUGGUCAUGCAACCAAUAAGCCACCUAAAGCAUUAAAUCUAGAUUCCUCUAAUGCAUUUUAUCCCAUGCAAGUGACAUUAAAACCCUAUGCUUAAGAAAUUAUAAUUCUGCGAUGUGUGCUUACCUUAACCUAAUUGGAUUUCUCCUUCUUACGCCAAGAACCACAACCCUCUUUGGUCUAUGAAACUCUAUGUCUUGCAUUGCUAGCUUUUACAGCAAAAUGAGGGUGGUUCAUAGUCAUGAUUGUCAAAUGUCUAGCCGUGAUCUUGAGGACACGAUCGUGAACGAGAGUAUACAAUUAGCCUGAUUUAGGCGUGUCAAAAACUCAAAAUGCAUGUCAUGAGCUAGAUUGACCUAUAAGUAUCCUUAUUAUUAAGAUUCCAUCUAUCCAACCAAAUUUGAAUAUUCAUCCCAUCUCCAAAUCUCUGUCUAAGACAUGGUGUUAGCGGUGGUGAGGAUUUGAACACGUGACCUCAUAAUCAAACCAAUUUUGAUACCAUGUCAAGAACCAAUUGGUCACAAUGACUCGAUUUGUUGCGAGAUGUUUAUUAUGGAUCUUCUAUCAUUUACUAGUACGCCCCCUCAAACAAUAACUAACUCAUAUAAGCUUGAAGUUCGCACAUGUCAGAAUAUCGUAUGUUUAACAAAUACGAUCGGAAUUUGAACACAAAACCUCUUCGAUUAUUAAAAGGUAGGAGACCAUGUCAAAUACCAAUUAAUCACUAAAACUAAAAUUGUUAAAAGAUACGUGAAUCAUAACCACUUUGUUACAAGAUGAAGUUAUCGCCGGAGUCCAAACGAACUCGUUUAGAUAUUCAGUAAUUAGUAUUAUCAAUAUGCAGUCAGAGAAAAGGCCGAAGCUGAGCAGUUUUUGCACCUAGGCCCAUGAAAUGUCCGCAUGGCCUUGAGUUCAUCGGCCUCAUAUUAGCACCGGGCCUGUGAAUCAUAUCCAGGGCCCAAACUUUCAUCCACCUCCUCAAAUUUUUUAUUUUUAAUUUUAAAGCAAAGCAGAAACGGAGAAACCUCUUUCCUCUCUCUCUCUCUCUCUACCGCCUGCAAAAAGAAACCGGAAAUUGCUCUCUCAGUCUCUCGUCUCUGCUUUUACCUUUGCAAAUUUGCAUGUGGGCCUCGCGGUUCGCCCCAUGCGAUGAAAAGCAAAACUUGUAAUCCCAAAACCACCCUUCUAUGCCAUAGUAUAGCAAGCAUCAAGUACUGUAGCAACGACGCCGUUUCAAUCAUGGAACUCGAGGACAGAUUGGUAUUAUUACCUCCCUCUCUAGGACCGAGAUUCUGACUUGACUCUGCGACAACAUUUGUCUUCUUCUCCAACCUCUUUUGAACAGAGAGCACUCCCUCCCUCCCUCUCUCUCUCUCUCUGCUCUUCAGUCCUCGCUGGACGCCAUUGAAGCACUUGGAAGAAAGUAGCAGAAGAAGAAGAAAACGUAGUAGAAACUAGAAACCGACCACUGUAACAAAUCCCUCAAACUAUUCACCGAAACCUCCAAUCGCAAACCCACAUUUUGCCCACUGUGUUGCUUGCUUAUACCCUUUCAGCUGCCUUCUUCCUGUAACUGUCCCCCUCCCCCGCCCCAAAAACCCUCAACACAAAACCCUAAACACCUUUUCCUCAAAGCAAAAUGCAGCGACCCAGACCCACUUCCCUCUUCCUUCUCUUCUUCUUCUUCACCACCACCACCACCCAUUUCUUAGUAAUGGCGAAAUCCACAAUCGAGCCCUGCUCCAACUCCGACUCCUGCAGCGCCCUCCUCGGCUACACGCUCUACACCGACCUCAAAGUCUCGGAGGUCGCUUCCCUCUUCCAAAUCGACCCAAUCGCGCUCCUCACCGCAAACUCCAUCGACAUCUCUUACCCUGACAUCGAGAAUCGCAUCCUCCCUUCCCAGCUCUUCGUCAAGAUCCCAAUCUCUUGCUCCUGCGUCGACGGCAUCCGCAAAUCGGUGUCCACCCACUACAAGACGCGCCCUUCGGACACUCUCGCCGGCAUCGCCGACUCGAUUUACGCCGGGCUGGUCUCGGCCGACCAGAUUAAGGAGGCCAAUUCGAUACAGGACCCAUCUGCUGUGCUUGACGUCGGGGAGACCCUUGUGGUUCCUUUGCCGUGUACUUGUUUCAAUGGGACUGAUAACUCCCUGCCGGCGAUCUACCUCUCGUAUGUGGUGAAGGAUGUGGAUACUCUCACUGGGAUUGCUGCUAGGUACACCACUACUAUCACUGAUUUGAUGAAUGUUAAUGCUAUGGGCAGCCCUGCCAUCAAGGCUGGUGACAUUCUCGCCGUGCCGUUGCCAGCUUGUGCUUCUAGGUUUCCACGAUACGCCUCUGAUUCUGGUUUGAUGGUGCCAAAUGGUAGCUAUGCCAUCGUUGCCAGUCAUUGUGUACAGUGCAGCUGUGGGCCUGCGAAUCUCAACUUGUACUGUAUGCCUGCUUCAUUGGCGGUGUCUUGUUCGAGCAUGCAAUGCCGUGGCAGCAAUCUUAUGCUUGGAAAUGUAACGCAGCAGCAGAGCAGUGCUGGGUGUAAUGUGACAUCUUGUAGUUAUGGUGGAUACGUUAAUGGCACUAUAAUCACCUCGUUGUCCACAUCCCUUCAACCACGAUGCCCAGGACAACAGCAGUUUCCUGCACUUGUAGCCCCUCCUACAACAGUAACCAAGGAUGCAACAUUCUCGCCAGCACCGGCACCGUCCCCUCAUGGAUAUGGCGGCGGCAUUAUUGGGCCGAGUACAGUUCCGGCAACCGGCUCAAUGCCAGCAGGGUUUCCCGGGGCGAACGGUCCAGUUGGAAGUGCAUCAGGAUCAGAUGCCUGCUCAUUGGUGAUCCCUCCUUUAGGAAGUAGUUUCUUUGCAGCUUCAUUUGCUCUGUUCUUGCUCGUCAAGUUAAUGUUGUAGGCUUGUAGCAACUUUGUUGUGUAAGCUAAUAGCUUCGGUGAGGGUUCUUGUUUUGCUCCUAUUGUUUGGGUUUUGCUGGCAUCCAAUUGCAACCAUUGACUAUUUUGUAUGUAGCUAGUUUUGAUUCAAAAAUACUUCCCCACUCUUCUUCAACGACUGAAUUUUGGUGAUGUCAAGUACCUGUUGUAAUUUAUCUCUUUGGUACGUGAUGAUGACCUUAAUAUGCUAAAUUGGUGUGCUAUUGAAGAUUCCUGUCAAUGUAAAAUGUAGACACAAAUUUUGAGCUUUUGGUACCCAUAGUAAAAACAUUGCUUUAGA